AAUCCACAGACAAUCACAUCAAUAACAAUUCCCCGCUCCAAGUCCUGGGUCCUCUCUUUCUCCUUCCUUAGAUUUGAGGAAGAAGAAUAGAGAGAGAGAGAGAGAGAGAGAGAGAGAGAGAGAUUUGAGGAAGAAGAAUAGAGAGAGAGAGAUGGGUAUCAUUACAAGUCCAAAAUUCCAGUUCUUGUGUGCUCUUCUGUUUCUCCUUUCACUUCAAACCAAAGUUUCCGGCACCCAAUACCAGGUUGGAAAUUUAAAUUGUUGGGGCGUACCCCCUGCAGGAUAUGAGUACGUGUACGUGAAUUAUUCCAACUAUAACACCUUCAAACCUGGAGAUUCUCUCUUCUUUCUAUUCCCACCAAGUCAAGAUUCAGUGCUCCUAGUGACAGCAGAAGCGUACGCAACCUGCAACACCGCAAAUCCAAUCUGGUCAUCCAACACUGGAAAUUCUGUGUUCUACAUAAACACUACAGGGGUGUACUACUUCAUAAGUGGGGUGCCGAAUAACUGCCGAAGUAACGAGAAACUCCAAAUUUGUGUGCCCAACAAUGGGACUUGUGCAACUUACACUGCACCUCUUCCACCACUUUCACCCGCAUCUGCACCCGCACCUGCACCUUCUCAACUGAGAUCGACCUCAUCAGCGCCUUCGUUCUCGCCUUCGUGGUCACCCCCUGCAUGGUCGCCUUCAUUUCCACCGCCUUCGUGGUCGCCCAAGUCUUCUCCUUCCUAUUCAGCAUUGUCGCCUAUGAUUCGUUCUUGGUCAUCGAUGAUAAGCCGUCCGAUUGUAGUGGUGUCGGCCACCCUCGGAUUAUUGGUUUGGGCAUCAGUCAUGGAAUGAAUUGGAGGGUGAAGAACUGAAACCAUAUACUGAGAUGAUUUUUAUAGUUUUACUACUACAAUUUAUUUGAUUUUUUCCCAAUAUGUUCAUCUUCCCUUGAGAUUUGGAUUUUGUAAUUUCAAUUCUAUAUGUUUGUAUACUUUCUUUUAAUAUUUUAAUAAUGCGGAAUUCCUUUUUGUCUCUAA